UUGUUUUUGCACUGAUAGUCAGUCGUGCGAUUACGUGAAUUUAGCAAUCUUAUUCAAGCAAUAUUUAUAAUAAAACGCUAUUAAAAUGAAUACAGCUCCGCGCGUAGUUCUCAAUAAUGUGCUGAGACGCAGCUAUAGUCAGGCACACAAAGGACCGAGUGCUCCAAAGCCCUCGGCGAGUGGAUCUCCUGCUCCAGCUACCAGCAACGUAACAGGACUAACCAGCGCGUGUGUAAAGCCCACAGCAUCCCCAGUUGGUCCCGGCGCAUCAGCAAAUGGCCAAUACAAAGUUCCCGAAUAUUAUUGUUUCAAUCGCUUUUCGUUUAGCGAGGCCGAAGUUGAAAUGGCCAAAUAUCGUUGCCCCCAGCCAUCUGCGCUGAAGAAGUAGAAAACUAAUUCAAUGAAGAUGCAGAGCAGAAUAUUGUUAAACAAGAAAAUAUGUUAAAUAAAUGUAAAUGUGAUUAACCACACGAAAUAUG